GUUGUUCACCCAAAAUAAAUAAACCAUUUGAUGUGUCUACAGAUCAAGAAAUGGAAUGUAGUCUUAGAAGAAUCAUGGAAAGCAUUGAAGAUUCAGAUGUGGGCAGGAUUGGGAUUUAUGGAGGAGCAAAGAUUCAAAAACCUUUUGUAGAAGGCUUGAAGUAUUUGUUUGCGACCAUGGUCGCGGAUAUGUUCGAAAACAUUAUUUGGGUUACUGUUCCCAAAGUUUGGAAUCUGAGAAAUUUGCAGCUGGAAAUUUCAGGACAACUGCCCUCAAAUGUGAUUGAUAGCACGAAUAUUAACUCAUGGGAACUGUUAAUGGUGUUAGAGCGCAUGAAGUUUUUGUUAAUUCUACAUGAUGUUCGUCAGUUUAUUAGUUUGGAAAAGGUUGGAAUCCCCAGGCCAACUGCUGAAAAUGGUUGCAAGAUAGGUCUAAUAGCUAGAUCAGAGGAAGUAUGCGAUGCAAUGGGAGUGGAUUCGAAGAUAGGACUAAAAGAUUUAUCGUCUUGGGAAUUGUUCCAUGGGAAUGUUGGUGAAGUUGCUGAUUCUUCAAGCCUCAAACCGCUAGCAACUCAAGUGCUUAACAUGUGUGCUGACUAUUCACUUGCCAUCGUCCUAAUGGCAGGGGCAUUGAAAGAUGUUUCUGAUGUUGAGGUGUGGAGAAGAGCGCUUGAAACGUUGAGAAGGAAACCUGACUCUGACCAAGAAAAAUUAGAAAUCCUAAUGGCUAAUGUGUUGAUGUUUAGCUAUGAGCAUCUGCAGGAUGACAAAACAAGAAAAUGUUUGAGAAAUUAUGCGCUUUUUUGUGAGAAUGGGUGGAUUGCUUCAGAGUUGUUGAUGCAAAGAUGGAUAUUCGAUGGCCUAAUAGAUGCGCAUGACCAAGGCAAAAAAAUGCUUGAAACUCUCAUCAAUUUUAGUCUGCUGGAUUACGAACAGGAGAUAGAAUUUGUCAAGAUGAAGAAAAAAAUUCGUUAUAUAUUGCUAGAGUAUAUUGUUCCAACGGAGGAAGCUCAAGUAUUAUUUCUUAUUAAUGGUGGUAUGGGGUUGACUAAGCCACCAAAGGUUGAGCAAUGGGAGGGGUUAAUUGAGAUUGGUUUGAUGGAUAAUCACAUAUCUGAAUUGCCCAUUAGUCCAAGUUGCCCCAAACUCCGAAAAUUGUUCCUCGAAAGAAACUACAAGUUAAGAAUCAUACCUCCAUUUUUUGAUAAUAUGCCAGCUCUUCAGGUUCUAAACUUAUCUAGAACUUCUAUCAAAUCUUUGCCUGAGUCUCUUUUCAAGUUGCUCAACCUUAGAAGGCUCUUUCUAAAUCGUUGUGUUCUUAUCACAACCUUGUCACCCGAAGUUGGAGAACUCAAGCAGCUUGAAGUACUUGAUCUUGAAGGGACAGAGAUCAUGUUUUUGCCCAAGGAGGUUGGACAAUUGACUAAUCUCACAUGCUUGGAAGUUUCAUUUUUUGAACCUACAAGUCGAAGGAGUUUAAAGCAAUCAAGUGAAAUAAUUCCUUGUGGGGCUAUAUCAGCUUUAUAUCUAUUAGAAGAAUUAAAUAUUGAUAUGAGUUAUGAUGACAAGCGGUGGAAUGCAUCUGCAGAAGAGGUUAUUUCUGAGCUUUGUAGAUUGCAGUGGUUGCAUACGCUUAAAGUCUACCUUCCCAAGGUGGAAUUUUUGAGCUAUUUCAACUGGAAUGAAGAAAAAAUGGUGUUUCCAUCUGUUGGAAUCUCACAUCGAAAGAAUAUAAAAUAA